AUGUACCUGAUCACCAUGUUUGGAAACCUGCUCAUCAUCCUGGCUGUCAGCUCAGAUCCCCUCCUCCACACCCCCACGUACUUCUUCCUCUCCAACCUGUCCUUUGUGGACAUCUGUUUCACCUCCACCACCGUCCCAAAGAUGCUGCUGAAUAUUCAAACUCAAAGCAAAGUCAUUACCUACGAAGGUUGCAUAGUCCAGAUGUAUUGUUUCCUUCUCUUUAUACAAUUGGACAUCUUUCUCCUGACAGUGAUGGCCUAUGGUUGGUUUGUGGCCAUCUGCCACCCUCUGCGCUACACAGUCAUCAUGAACCCUAUUCUCUGUGGACUGCUGGUUCUCAUAUCCUGGGUGAUAGUCGUCUCCUUAUUUUAUUGUACAGGCUUUGGAGUGUACCUUAGCUCUGCCACUGUACACAACUCAUACUCCAGUGCAACAGCUUCAGUGAUGUACACAGUGGUCACACCCAUGCUGAACCCCUUCAUCUACAGUAUGAGGAAUAAAGACAUAAAGAGGGCUCUAAAAAAGUUUCUUUGGAAGGUCAGUACAAAAGGGCAACUUGUCCUGGUGCUAAAGAAAUGCCUUAGUCACCUCCACUACAUGGAAACAGCAAACAAUACACAGAUUUCAAAAUUUCUUCUUCUGGGACUUUCAGAGGAACCAGAACUGCAGAUCCUAAGAUUUGGUAUUUUCCUCUCCAUGUACCUGAUUGCUGUGUUCGGAAACCUGCUUGUCAUCGUGGCUGUCAGCUCAGACUUCCACCUCCACACCCCCAUUAUGAUGGCCUAUGACUGCUUUCUGGCCAUCUGCCAUCCCCUGCACUAUACAGUCAUCAUGACGCCCCAACUCUGUGGACUGCUGGUUCUGAUAUCCUGGAUAGUGAGUGCCAUGCAUUCCUGUUACACAGCUUAA